AUGGCCAACGACCUGGACAGGACAUUUGAUAUUUGUUCCAAAAGGAAGACAUGGAAACAAAUACAAAUGUUCACUGUGCUGCACAUGUGUGCUGCUCAUGUAAUCAAAGCUGUUGCACAGUCAAUAGGUAGAACAACCCAGGACAAAGGCUUGAGGGAGUUUACAACAUUUGCAUUUGCAAGGUUGCAAAACAGCACAUCACUGACCGAAGCACUGCAAAUCUUCCGCUCUCUGUGUACAGUGUUGAUUGCGAAACACACCACAGAAAGAGUCGUCAAUCAUCUCAAAGUUCUGCAGGACGUCAUAAAAGAAUGCGAGGUGCCCAACAUUGAGCAAACCAACAAGCUUCAGGAUUCCCCCUUUGAUCAUGAAGAAGAUGAGGAACAUCAAAAUGCGAACACAAUUAUUGGGAGAUUGCCUUUCAGUCGUGCAUUCAAGAAGGUCCUGGAGGAGGUUCAGGAUGAUGUUGCAAAUGAUGAGGAGUCACCACCCGAAGAGGACAAUCCGUAUUUCUGCCCAGGUAUUAUUAACUUGCUUUUUGACAACUAUCUGGGCAUUUUCCCCCUCUGGAGUGGCCUGCUUUUGGGGAACUUAGAAAGAUAUGCUUCAGACAAGGAAGAUAUCACCUUUGGGCUCCACAAAACACGUGAAACAAACUGCCAUGUGGAGAGGUGGUUUGGGAUUGUAAAAAAUUCCAUCCUAAGAAAACAGAGGCGACUUCGGCCAGGGACCUUUGUGAGAAAAAUGUACAGCUCUCUGCAGGGGAGAUACAGAGAGCACAUAAUCUCUAACAACUUCACAGAAAACAUACUACUGAAGCCAGUGAAAAUGAAAGAUAUCUCCCAGUCUGAAGAGGGUUGGGCGAAGAGAAAUGGAGCAAAGCCCAGUGGACCAAGCUCAAAAUUUUACUCAGUUCCAACAAAGGUCCCAGUGCCAAAGAGGGAAAAAUCAGCUCAGACCAAGGGCCAAAACACCAGCAGCAAUCACCCCAUGAACCUCAAACAGUCCAAUCCUGUAACAGAGAAGAAAACAAAACAGCACCUUCUAAAGGCCGAUCAAUCCACAUCAACUGUCCCAGACAAUGUGGAACUGGACAAACAGCUCUGCACUUUGUGGAAAAAGAAAGACACAGAAGUUGUUGUCUCAGUAAUUCCUUCCCAGCACAGAGGAAACAACUUUGUGAUCCACCAUAGCGAGCUGCGGUCACUUCGGCCACACCAGUGGCUUACAGGCGAGAUCAUUGAAAGCAUUCUACAUCACACUGCCAAUGUCCUGAACUUGGGGAGCACAGUGUAUGUAAUGAAUCAUUACACAACUGGUGUGAUCCUCUUUGGUAACAGAGAAGAAAUCCGGAGGCAAAGUUUGUCAAAGGUUAACUUUGACAAGUACCAUGCAGUUGUGUCAUUUGUCAAUAUUGGCAAUGUUCACUGGAAGUUCUUGUAUAUCAAUGCAGCAGACAGCUGUGUGUAUCUGGUUGAUCCAGCACGAAGCUCCACUGAACAACAAGAUUCAGACCUUGCUGCCAAAAGAUUCCGUGACUACUUCAAAAUGCGGAGGACCUGCCACAACAAGACAGACUGGGUGGAUCUGAAACUCAAAGGUGGUGUAAUUCAGCACCCAGUUCAGAGGGAUGGCAGCAGCUGUGGAGUGAUUGUCAUUUUGAUGGCCAAGGCGGUCAUGAAUGCAUAUCCUGACAAACCAGUCAUGGCAUUUCAGACAGACACAGCAGAAAUAGCCAAGAAACGUGAGACAUUGGCGAAGGAAGUCCUUGAGGCAUCAGUGUUUGACAUGGACAACAACUGUGCCUUAUGCGCAAUGGCAAAACCACCUCUCCCAGGGCCCUCCAUUACUGACUGGAUUCAGUGUGACGACUGUGGAAGAUGGUUCCAUGCCCAGUGCCUCCAGAUGGAUGAUGCAGAGCUUGCACAUGUUUCUAAGGAGUACUGGAAGUGCUCUUUGUGCAUUUAAUAUAUUUUUGUUUAUUUGUUGUAUUUACUUCUCUUUUUGGUUAUCAUUUUUACUGUAUAAAGUUAUUCAGACAGAUGCAUCCAGUCUCAUAAUAAGACAUUUAAAAUGUGCACUUAUUACAAAGAAAUUAUAUUGAAAAUAUGUUUUAUCUUUUGUAUUUUUGUUGUUGUAAAGGUGUCUGCAUUAUAUAAAAGUGUUCAAAAGUG